GGCGAAGCGGCAUGGUGUCGUACAUGCCGACAACGUCCAGCGUCAAGAGGCGGGUGGCUGGCAUGGCGGGAGCUCUUGCUAGCGCCCUAGCGCUCUUUUGUAUCGCCAGCAUGAUGGUGAGCAUGAGACACCCGGCGUCGUCGUCGGCCAGGCGAACUGAGCUGGCCAUGUUCAUGCGGAGGGCGAAAGGGCAAAGGCUUCCCAACAAGAUGAGUCUCGACCUCGAUGGCGGCGAGCUUCCUAUCCCCAUUGAGGAUGAUGGUUCAUCUACUGCCCCUGGAUCAAACAUUCACAUGUUCGAGCAUGGUCUCCCUCCGCUCCCUAACCCCGCGGCUCGACGCUGGACGUGGAUGCAGCAGCACAAGCACGGCUACAUCCCCGCACAGGGAUGGCUUUCGCCCACCUUCUUCAGGCAGCGCAUGCUGCAACGGCAGCUCAGAAAUCGUAUCAGGCCCGUUCUAUCCAUGGGGGACCUUCCUAUUCCUAUCGGUUAUGAUGGGGAUAUGGAUAAUAUUGCACCAGGAUCAAACAUGAACAUGUACGAGAACGCUAUCCCUACUACAAUCCCGUAUGCCCCUGAUCCGGCUGGAUGGGGUAUGGACUAUUCUCCGUAUGUUGUACCCAAUCUUGAUGAUCCAAAUUAUUGAUGUUGUACAUGAGCACAAGUUAAAGAACAUUAUGAUGUGAAUAAAACGAAGGCGUGCUUCA